AAAGUCUGUUACCACGUGACCUCCGAAGCGGAACAACAAUAAAAAGCCCGGGGUCUGUCUCCGAGAGGACAGCUGGAGAGGGCUUCAGGAUGUACGUACCUGGAAGCUUCGCGGUGCUCCGUGUUUUGUGGCUGCUCGCCGUGUUUGACACGGUGUUCCCGCUGGACGGCGGCAUGCUCUUUCCCCGGGAGUCCUCCUCCAGGGAGGUGAAGGAACUGAACGGGCUGUGGGAUUUCAGGGCUGACAGGUCCCCGAAGAGGAACGAGGGCUUCGAGAGGGCUUGGUACAAACGGCCCCUGGCAGAGACUGGCCCGGUGAUUGAAAUGCCAGUUCCUGCCAGCUACAACGACAUCACGCAGGACCCCACACUGAGAGAUUUCAUUGGCUGGGUGUGGUACGAGAGAGAUGUGGUCGUGCCUGCCCGCUGGAUCGCCGAUGAGGGAACACGAGUGGUUCUUAGAGUGGGAAGUGCUCACUAUUAUUCAGUAGUGUGGGUGAAUGGUGUGAAAGUGACAGAGCAUGAAGGUGGCCAUCUUCCUUUUGAAGCAGAGAUUGGCAGUUUAAUCCGCAGAGACCCAACCGGGCCGUGCAGAAUCACCAUUGCUGUCAACAACACUCUGAAUCUGGAGACCCUUCCUCCAGGCACCAUCCAGUACAUGAAUGACCGCACCAGGUAUCCUGAUGGGUAUUUUGUGCAGAACAUCAACUUUGAUUUCUUCAACUAUGCUGGGAUACAUCGUCCCGUACUGUUGUACACUACUCCUAAGGUGUACGUGGAUGACAUCACAGUGGAGACUAACUUCAUGGAUAACACUGGUCUUGUCAGAUACAAAGUAUCUGUUCAAGGUGCUACCACAGCCACCCUGAAGGUUACUCUGAUGGACAAAGAUGGCCACUGUGUGGCCUCCUCCAGCGAGCCAUCUGGAGUGCUCAAAGUGGUAGAUGUGAAGCUGUGGUGGCCAUACUUGAUGCACGAGAAUCCAGGCUACCUUUACUCUAUGGAGGUCUACCUAAUUGCAGUCAGUGAGUCAUCAGCAUCUGAGGAUGUGUACACUCUGCCAGUCGGCAUCCGCACAGUCAACGUUACCAGCACCCAGUUCCUCAUCAACAACAAGCCGUUUUAUUUCCAUGGGGUCAAUAAGCAUGAGGACUCUGAUAUUCGAGGUAAAGGCUUGGACUGGCCCCUAAUGGUCAAGGACUUUAACUUAAUGAAGUGGUUGGGGGCCAACUCGUUCCGUACCAGCCACUACCCCUAUGCUGAGGAGAUCCUGCAGAUGUGUGAUCGCCAUGGCAUUGUGGUGAUAGAUGAGUGCCCAGGGGUGGGCAUCAAAGACAUUCGCAGUUUUGGAAACGCCUCUCUCUCCCAUCACCUGGUUGUCAUGGAUGAGCUUGUGCGCCGGGACAAGAACCAUCCCUCUGUGGUCAUGUGGUCAGUAGCCAAUGAGCCUGCUGCAGAGAUGCCACCUGCUGAAUUUUAUUUCAAGACUUUGAUAAAGCACACCAAAGCUCUGGACCAUACCCGACCCGUCACCUAUAUAACAGACAGUAACUAUGCCAGGGACAAAGGGGCUCCCUAUGUAGAUGUAGUGUGUGUAAACAGUUACUUCUCCUGGUACCAUGAUCCAGGCCAGCUGGAGGUCAUUCCCAUCCAACUCAACACUCAGUUUGAGAACUGGUACAGAAAGUACCAGAAACCCAUCAUCCAGAGUGAAUAUGGAGCAGAUGCAGUGGCAGGGCUUCACACAGAUCCACCUGUGAUGUUCUCUGAGGAGUACCAAGGUGCUCUCCUGCAGAACUAUCACGAUGUGUUAGACCAGAAGAGGAAGCAGUACGUUGUUGGUGAACUGAUCUGGAACUUUGCUGACUUCAUGACUGCACAAGCAAUCCAUCGUGUCAUUGGGAACAAAAAGGGUAUUUUCACCAGGCAAAGGCAGCCCAAAGCAGCAGCCUUCAUCUUGAGGAAGAGGUACUGGAGACUGGCUAAUGAGACGGGCAGACUGCCUCCUUGGACUAAAUACCCCUGUUCACUCUGAAACAGCUGAAACCGUGUUGAAGAUCCAGGCAGAAGUUUUCAGUCUCAUCGAGUCCAACCCCGGUGAGGUUCACCAGCAGUUUCUGCUUGAUAUUUGAUCAACACUCUGACUGUGAGAAUGGUGCAAAUCAGACUUUCUGCCUGAGGAUCCUCUGAGGAUGCAGUAUGAUCAAAAGGCUCCAGCGCUGAUUGUUGUUCAUCUCAAGUGACCUCUGAGUCAUUUUCCAUCAGUUGAAUGUUUCCCUGUGCUGCUUGUUCAAAUUCAGAACCUGCUGCUUGUCAUGUUGAUUAUGGAUUGUUUUUCUUUAAAAAGAAAGACGAUCUCUAAUUUCGGAGUUCAAAAAAGUUGUGUCCUGUUAAAUUUUGAACUCUUUAAAGUCGCGCACACACUGGAAGCGAUUCGCUUGUUGCACAUCGCUUUGCAGCUGAAUGAUAGCUGCUUGCAGACAUUCCAGCCUCCGGUUGCCUAGGUGACUCUCUAACGUGUUUACUACCAGGUCAUUUUGUCAAUCAGUGGUAUUCUUCACUCUCAUUGGUAGUUGCUUCAGUCGCUCGCCUUAAAGUUCAGAAGAGUUCCUCGUGCCCGCUGUGCUGCCAGCACUUUUUUUUUUUUUUUUUUUUUGCUUAAAGUUGCCAAAUAUUGUUCACUUUCUACGGUCUUUCGCCACAACGCUGUGAAUCACUUCCAGGGUGUACACGGCCUUUAAAGGAAUUCCAGUCACCAUGAAAUGACACACAUUGAAUACAAAAUAAAAUAAAGUUACAACUGUUUUAAAAUCUA